GAAACAGCCUUGAAUAUACCAUCAGUUGAUGGUGCAUGCAUGAAGUGACCAGAAAAAGAUCAAAAGCGUAAAAUAAACACUUGCAAUAUAAGGGAAAUAGAAAACGGUGUUUAUCUCAAAAUGGCAUACACAAAGUGGUUCAACUGUGUGAUAUGCUUCGUUGCCACUGCUGUGACGUUUGGUGAUGCAACAAUAGCUCCUACAAUAAAACUGAACAAUGGUCUCGACAUUCCUGUUAUAGGACUGGGAACAUGGAAGUCUACUGGAGCAGACGUGCUUCAAGCAGUUAAGGAUGCAAUCGAUGCUGGGUACAGACACAUUGAUACCGCCUGGAUCUACCAAAACGAGAAGGAGGUCGGGGAAGCAAUUAAAGCAAAAAUAGACGAAGGCGUUGUGAAAAGGGAAGACCUAUUUAUUGUCAGCAAAUUAUGGAAUACCUUCCACAAGCCCGAAGAUGUGGAACCCGCCAUAAAUCAAUCUCUAAGUGCUCUCGGCCUAAAUUAUCUUGACAUGUACCUGAUGCACUCCCCUGUGGACUUUAAGCAAGUUGGAGACUCUCUUUUUCCAACUGAUAAAGAUGGACAUGUAAUACCGGCAGGAAUCGACUUUGCGGACACGUGGAAAGCAAUGGAAGAUGUUUACCGCAAGGGAUUGACAAAAUCAAUUGGUGUAGCAAACUUUAACAAACGACAAAUUGAGAGGAUUCUUGAAAAAGGUUCUGUCGUCCCAGUAACAAAUCAAGUUGAAUGCCAUCCGUAUUUUAAUCAGAAUAAGCUCGCUGAAUUUUGCAAAUCAAAAGGAAUAACUCUUACUGCCUACAGUCCAUUAGGAUCAGAUAACAGACCUAUGGCAAAACCGGACGAACCUAAGCUCUUGGACAACCCGAUUCUGAAGAAAGUCGCAGACAAGUACAAGAAAACUCCUGCCCAAAUUGCGCUUCGUUAUUUGGUUCAAAGUGGUAUCAUCGCUAUUCCAAAAUCUGUACACAAAAACAGAAUUCAAGAGAAUAUUAACAUUUUUGAUUUUGAAUUAACUCCUGAUGAUAUGAAAACCGUAGACUCCUUAAAUAGUAGUGACGGAAGAAUAUAUGCAUUGGAGUGGUAAGUAGACCUUUCUAUUUAUA